AUGCGAAUCAUCUCGAUCUGCUCCCCAGUACCCGGUGCCGGGCUCGCCGCAUACGGAAAAAAGAAGCUAAACUUCGCGACAUCUUCUGAGAAGACAACACAGGGGGGCAAAACUCCCGCCAACCACCUUGUCACGGCCGAACUGGUCCACCGGAGGGGCCCGGAGGGCAGGGGCCCCACAGAAGAACGGCAGAGGCGAGAUCCCAGUGGGCUUCGUUACCGCUACAUCGAAGGCUCGAGCCUUCUGCCUUCUGUGGAUCCUUUGAACGAGUUGCUACUCGGCCUCGACUUCUUCGCCGACCUCCGCGAAGAAGGCGUCCUCCGCCCUCUCCCGGGAGAUACAUCUGCAGAAGAUCCCGCCCUUGCUGACUCUCUCGCUCCUGAUGACCCCAGGGAGGAAGGGGAGGCGCGUGACAAUGAAGAUAACUGCGAGGCAGACGAGGAACAUGGGGAGGCCAAGGAGACUUCGCAAGACGUCCUGAUAGGACAGGCACAGCUGAGCCAACAACGGGAAUAUCUACGGCCCAUACCCACAGUGAUACCCAACGAAAAUGUGUACAUCGGCUUUUUCCUUCCUUUGUUCCUCCAAGAGGCGAAACAGGCCCUAGCAAGAGCCAUCAAGCUUGACCUCGGGCCGCCCGAGCAGUUCCUGCAGCAAAGUGGUGAGCCUCGGGGCUCCUUUCUCUCUCUGCUGCUGAGUCGGUCUGGAGGGGUGACUGCAGUUUCUGCGUCUGCUUGUCGGUACUGUCACGGCGACUUGGUGCUGAUGUACAUCCCAAGGGACCGGGCUGCUGACGAGGCCAAGAGGCACAAAACGACGGACAAAGGGGGCGAAAGGGAGGCCCAGGGGGAGAAAUCUGGAGAGAAGGAAACGAACUCCAAGGAGGCUUCCGGCGGGCAGCCAGAUGAGGAGGCGGAGGUGCGACCUGCAACCCGAGUGUUGAGGCCGCAUGACACCGACUGCCACGUGCUCGCAGUUGUGUCUCAGGGACAGCACGAGGCCAUCAGUGUUAAGGUCCUGACCCCUCUAGGCCCCGCGUACAACGGCAAAGACAUCCAUGGAGUGGAAGAGGGGCAGAACGCCUCCGGUGUGUAUAAUCCGGCCACAGGCCGACCGUACGGCUUCCUCUUGCCCAGGGACCGACGCCGCCUGCUGAAGCUCGUGAAGGCGCUCAAUGGUCAGUUCACCAAGUGGACGGUGCAGCGAAUCAUGUCCCUCACCACCAUACACAGAGAAUUCCAGGGUUUGAUGUCUCUGCCUGAUUUGCUGCUGAAGGACAGUCUCUUUCGCGUGCCAACUGAGGGGUCGUCUCCACGACAACCGUUGAGCAAAGACAAACCGUCGAGCCCUCUGAACAACCCCUUGUUGGAAGGGCAGGAGGUUAGCCAGUCAGCGACUGAAAGCGGGGGGGCCACCGUGUCUCCUCCCGCGGGUAACACAGCGAGUGGUGAAGGCCCCUCACCAUCUGACGGGCCUCGCGCUCAGACACAGACAUCACUGGCCUCCACAUCAGACGAGGCCUCAGAAAAGGCCUCUGAGAGGAAGACUCAGGAAAAGACGCAGCAGGCAGAGCGACGCCUUGUCAUCCCGGAGGCCCUGAAGGCCCGUUUAGAGAGUCUGUAUAACGCCAGCCAGCUCUCCGCCCUGGAGGAUUCGCUGAAGGUGGAGGGCGUCACUCUCAUUCAAGGCCCCCCCGGAACUGGCAAAACUUCCACGAUAGUCGGCGUUGUCUCCGUCAUCCUCCAUGCCCAAGUCGAGGGACAGCACGAAGAACACGCACGCUCUUCUUCUAACGAGCACGGCGGGACGACAGAGGGGAAAGCAGAUAGACAGGAGACCAAACAGGGGACCGCAGAUCAAGCGAACUACACUCCAUGGAUGGAUGAAGAGGAGCUCACGCUAGAGGAUCUCGACUGUCAUGUGAUGCUGCAGCCAGCCGCUAUUCCGACAGACACCCCUAUCUGCCUAACGAGAGAGCGGCAUGAGCUCCAGCCAGUGUACGUCCAUAUCCCAAUGCAGACAAUGCGGACAGAGUCAUUGUCUGUAGUGACAUCCUCAGCUGCAGUGUCUUGCUCAUGCCAGGGACUGUUUACAAGGUUUUGCCUCGGGGGUUCAGCUUCUAUGUUCGAAUUGUUGCAAGGGAUGCGUGGAAAUGGACUUACAGUCACUGCGUAG